AUGGCGCCCGCAUUUGAUAAUAGCCGUAUCCGAGACCAUGAGGACAAGGUAUUGGUGGACCGCAUUACUGAGUACUUCGAAGCUUUCGGCAAUGCCGAUGCCGACAAAAUGAAUAGUAUGGUGGCUGAUGAUUAUCGCAUGACCGAUAUCCCCCUCGGUAUUGUUAGGUCACCUAAAGAUACUUGGUACCAACAGAACAAGGGAUUUGGCGGUCUUAUGACGGAUAUCUCAGUUAAAGCCAUUUCGCUCCACGGCGAUUCCUCGUUUUCGGUCUUGGAAAGCGUGAAUUAUUUCACAUUGAAGAUUGAUCCUCCCGAGGCAGCCAAGCCUAACCUUCCUCCUGGAAUAAAGAAGGGCGACUCCUCGGGUAUGAUCAUGUUAUCUGCAAUUUGGUGGGAUAGUGAUGGAAAAGUUUCCCGCGAACUUGAGUAUGGAAAGCUGUUGUGGGAUGGCUUUGACAUUAAUGCCUUCAAUGAAUUUUGA